AAUAUAUGUACCCCAUAGGCUCAGGCAUGUGCAGAUGUAAAACAGCAGGAAGCUGUGUGUACUCGAAAAAUGAGUUCCCCUCCACCUUUAUGGAGGAAACUAAUGGCACCAUGUGUGCAUUUUGCAGAUAUAUGUUGAAUUUUAAAGGCAGGCUGUUUCUUUAAGGGCUCUCUGCUGCUGGUUGUUUGUCUGCUCAGCCUCUCUUAUUGGCUGGGUGGAACAGGACUGACUGGUUGUGUUACCUGCUCCUUGUAGUACACACUCAGAACUGAUAGUGUCCCUGUAGCAGUGCCCUAUGUGCACAUGGAUUUAUCAGCCUGACACCAUGGGAUUACACAGCAUUUUCCUGCAGAAAUAUGGAGCAGGAUAGCAGAAUAGGAGAUGCCCAGGGACCCACCGCUGCCCCUGAGAAUUUCCAUGCACCGAGGGAAACUAUGGAUAAUGCUAGUGAGCAGCAUGUCUGUUCCCUAAACUCCACUCACCUCUGUGAGCAGGAAGAGGGUGCAGUGUCCGGAGGCCAACAGGUGCUUGUGGCAAGGGGUGACCCCUUGAAUUCCUGGCCACCCACAGACUCCAACAUAGAGCAUGCCCAAGAACAGCUUAAAGACACAGAGCCUCCAAAAAGCCUUAAUGAAGACCUUGAUGAGCACAAGGCUCUGGUUGAGGUGUCCAACCCUACUGAUCUUCAGGAUGGAGCAAGCUUGGCCUCUCCGAGGGACUUUGCUGACCAGGAGACCAAGGAGGAUCAGAGGGCUACUGAGAAAAUGGAAGGACAGCUGACUAGCCUGUGUGGGUCCCAGCAGGGACUGGAUGUGACUGAAGCAAAAGGGCAGGAUGCAGAACCCACAGAGUGUUCCAUUCUGCUGGAGGAGAACUUGGAGCAGGAAUGUCCCAUAUGCACAGAACCCUACAAUGGCACCAGUCACAAACAGUCCUUUCUCAACUGUAACCACACCUUCUGCAACAACUGCAUCAAGACCAUCAUAGAGAAUGCCAGUCGAGCCGAGAUUGGCCGAGUCGUGUGUCCAAUCUGCAGGCAGAGGACUCCCACGAUGCAGUGGGAGAUCCUUAAGAUGCAAGAGCAGAUGAUGGACAAUGUGACCCCCCAGAUCCAGCAAUUCCAAGUGGCCCAGGAGCCGCCAACCAGGGGACCCGGCCUAUGCUGGGCUUUGGAGUACAGAUUUCAGAAGCGCUUCUACACCACCCGAAUGUUUCCUUUCGCUCCCUGUUGUCGGUACCCAGUCAGAUGCAUCAGUGGACUGCGCAAACUGGAGCGGAGGAACCGCUGCCUCUAUCGCUGUCUCUUGGGCCUCCUCUUCCUCAUGGAGAUCAUGAGCUUCUUUGUAAUUUUCCUGCCCAUUAUCAUCCUCAUCUUGGUCAUUGUAUUUACUAGAUAAUCUGGCAAACUCCCCCCCCCAACCCCCAAGACAUUGAUUUUCUACUCAUUGUUCAAUUAUAAAACCAACACAUCUCAGCUUU